AUGAAGCGGCGGUUGCGUGACCGGGUUUGGUGGCCCGGAAUGGACCGUGAUACCGAAAAAAAGGUUAAUUCAUGCGAUGGACGCAGAUUGGUGAGCUUGCCAAAUAGACCGGAGCCGAUGAGCCGUCGUGAAAUGCCUUCGAAACCGUGGAUUGAGGUAGCCAUAGAUUUUCUCGGACCCUUACCCUGUGGAUGUUAUUUACUUGUUGUAAUCGACUACUACAGUCGCUAUAAGGAGGUAGAGACAAUGACUAAAAUAACAGCCAGGGAAACCGUAGAGAGGCUUGACAAAAUAUUCAGUCGACUCGGUUAUCUACAAACAAUCACCUUAGACAACGCCAGACAGUUUGUGGGGACUGAAUUGGAGGAGUAUAGCAAAAUGAAAGGGAUUAUUCUCUUGCGCUCAACCCCAUAUUGGCCACAGGAAAACGGGUUGGUCGAACGACAAAAUCGCUCCCUUCUAAAGCGUUUACAGAUCAAUCAUGCGCUGGGUCGGGACCUUCGGGAGUAUUUACUGAUGUACUACACCACACCUCAUUCGAUCACGGGUAAAACUCCGACGGAAUUACUGUACGGAAGAACGAUCAGAUUAAAAAUACCGGCCUUGGAUGAUAUCGAGACAAUACCGUUGGGUGACGUUCGGGACUGA